UUCAGUCCAGUGUAUGUGUGUGUAGAAGUUUAUGAAUGAAAUCUGCAAAGUGCAUUCGGUUCUCUGUGCAUUCUCCUGUUAUUUCUCCAUCUGUUUCACAUCGGAAUCUGUAAUCUUGUGAAGAAUCGAAGAUAAGAGCACCAUUCCCACAAAACGAGUCCGAGUGUCCUUAUCAGUGGAUAGACACGGUGGAAAUGUAAAUACAAUGGCCUCACCAUCAUCAGUCGAGCUCGAGCAGAAACGAGAAAAUUUUCCCUUACAUUGAGGUCACCGAACAGAGAAGCAGCUGCUGCGUUGCGUCGUCAUCGAUUCGUCGAAAAAAAAAAACAGACGUCGGCAGGAUGUUUUCCGUAUUCAAGAAGUUGGCCACAAAGGGGGACGGCCCUGCCGGUGGUGCGGGCGGAGGUACUUCUGCCGUGCCGGGUUCCGUCGGGCAGCAGAUGUCCGAUUCGUUGAAAAAGAAAUUCUCCCGUGGAGUUCAGUACAACAUGAAAGUAAUCAUCAAGGGUGAUCGAAAUGUGGGAAAAUCGUGUCUUCUGGAACGACUUCAGGGCAAAGCAUUCCUCGAGCAGUACAAUCCAACCGAGCAGAUCCAGGUGGCCUCGAUUCAGUGGUCCUUCAAGGCAACGGACGACAUUGUCAAGGUCGAAGUCUGGGAUGUGGUUGACCGCGGAAAAUCCAAGCAGAAAACCGGUGGCUUGAAGCUGAACACGGACGCCCUAGCCAAGGAGGACAUUCCGGUGCUAGAUGCCGAGUUCCUAGAUGUUUAUAAGGGAACCCAUUGUGUCAUCAUGAUGAUGGACAUUACCAAGGCGUGGACGUUCGACUACGUGUGCAGAGAGUUGCCAAAAGUGCCGGGUGAGAUUCCGGUGCUAUUACUGGGGAACCAUUGCGACAUGGGCCACCAUCGGGUCAUCAGUAAGGACCAGAUCCAAGGUUUCAUCGAGGAUGCCAGCCAGAAUCGAUCGGCGGAGAUCGUUUACGGCGAUAGUUCCAUGAGAAACGGAUUUGGGCUGCGAUUGCUUCAUAAGUUCUUUGGCAUCCCGUUCCUAUAUCUUCAGAAAAGUGCCCUCGAGGCGUCACUCAAGAAGAACGAGCAAGAUGCGGAUAUUUGCCGAUUGGAGAUUAGCGAGUUUUUGAAAUCCGACGAAUCCGAUUAUACUAACUUUUUGGAGAAUCUGAUCAGUCGCAAAAAGUCACAACCGGCAUCGGCUCCGUCCACUCCCCUGGAGCAAAUUCCUCGUCCGACCAAGAGCAUCAUUCUGGGUGGCGGACAUCCGAUAAUCGUUCCUGACAAGAACAGUCAUCUGGCGGUCGCAUCGACCUCUACUGUGAACACUGCCAAGCUUUCCUUGCCGGCAGCAAAUAAGGCAACGUCAUCCCCGACUAAGAAUUCACAAAGUGUCGAAGCUUUACGAAUCCCCAAAAGUGCCACAAUGGGUUCGAUUCCGGUGGAAGGCAGUGGCAGUGGUUUCGUGGCUACAGGCGGUGCUCUAAGUUCUCCGGGAGGGAAAAUCAGCAACGUAGAUGAAUUCUGUCCGGACGGAGGUGUUUUGGACAAAUCCUUCCUGGACGAUGCCUUGGAUGGUCCAACCGUCGCAUCACAAGAACCCAAUCCACUGCAGGAAUCUGAUAGCGAAGAUGAGAAUCACCACAAUCCACUAGUUUCUCGCUUCGAUGACGAGUUUGUUGGUGAUGGUGCUGAUCAACCGGAAGAACCAACCGCCAAGUCAAGCCUUGUCUUAGACUCGCCUCGUAGAACAAACCCGCUUCGGCAUGAGCUAACGCCUUCCCCCAAUCCAGUGGUUGUGGAUCGAGCAUUUUCGUUAUCCAGCAUUGAACUGGAGAUCGAUCGAGUGGACACAACGAAUGCAGAUGCUGGAUCGCUGCAUGAUAGCGAGAGUUGGUCUCUCGAUACGAAGGAACGGCGAUCGCCAGAAGGCGGUGAAGAUGUCGGUUCUAACGUGUCGGUCACCUGCUCCAAGAGUAGUAGCAGUGGGAAGAAGAGUAAGGACAAAGACAAGGAACGUAGCAGCAGCAGCAAGCACAAAAAGUCGAAGAAAUCUAGCCGCGAGAAGGAUGAAUCCCGAGAUGAACGACGGCGCAGCAAACGCAAAAGCCACAUCGACGACUUUGUACAGGAGAUGAAAACGAGCGUCGACUAUUGCGAGGAAGCGUACGAAGCGAUUUAAAAGACUCAUCUAUUGAUGAACUUUCGAACAGAGUGCUUAAUUUGCUAAACUAUUCCUUCCUUCAUGUUUUUUACUGUUUUGAAUAUUAUACUCGUUUAUUUUUAUAUAUGGUUAACUACUAAGAUGUCGCGCUAAAGUUAGAAAACUUACAAACAAGCUAGAUAGUUUCAUUCCGCGCUUGAGCCUAUUGGAUAUGAAUUUGUUAGCAAAAUCACUAUGAAGUCCCAAAAUGCAAUUAUACAUAGUAUAAUAUAUUAUUGGAAUCGUAAAUCAAUUGUUGUAUAAAUUCUAACCACUCGAUGUAAUAUUGAUAUAUG